AUACAACAAGUUAUACCAACUAAUUAUCAUCCUUUCUCCCCUUUCAUCUUUUGUUUCUCACACUUCUCUACGCACUCAAUGUGAGUAGGUUAGGUCGGUAGACAUUUACCCGUCCUCGUCCGAUCAUCUUGUGAGAGUUUAUUAGUUCAAAAGUGGUAGUAUAAAACGACAAUGGCAGCCGAAAAUGGCGCCUCGGAGCAAAAGCUCCCUGUAAUUAUCGUCGGCGGCGGCUUAGCCGGAUUGGUAGCGGCCUUCGAGUUAUCGGAACGUGGCGUGAGAACAGUCAUAGUAGACCAAGAAGGGGAGCAGAACCUCGGCGGACAGGCGUUCUGGUCUCUCGGCGGCAUUUUCUGCGUCGAUUCGACGGAGCAGCGGCGCCUGGGGAUCAAGGACAGCCGGACGCUAGCUAUGCGCGACUGGCUCGGCUCGGCGCGCUUCGACCGCCUCGACAGCGAAGACAUCUGGCCGCGCAAAUGGGCCGAAGCUUUCGUCGAUUUCGCUACGGACGGCAUGGAGAAAUACCUCAAGGACCGGGGCGCCGGGUUUAUGUUCAAUGUCGGCUGGGCUGAGCGCGGUGACGGAACAGCUGAUGGCCACGGCAACUCAGUCCCACGUUUCCACAUCACCUGGGGCGCUGGACCCGAAGUCGUGCGCGUGUUCGCUGAUCCCGUCAAGGAGGCAGCAAAGAAGGGGAUCAUCGAAUUCAAGUUUAGGCAUAGGGUCGACAAGCUCUUGGUCGAUGAGAACGGCAAGGCAUCUGGAGUUCGUGGAAAGGUCCUCGAGGAGGACUCAUCGCCUAGGGGAGUGAAGACGUCGAGGACGGAAGUCGGCGACUUUGAAAUACACGGCGCAGCUAUACUUGUCUCUUCUGGAGGCAUUGGAGGUAAUGUGGAGGCUGUGAAAAAGGCUUGGCCGGUGGAUCGUCUGGGCCCGAAGGUUCCGGAGAACUUCGUUAUCGGCGUACCGGCGCAUGUCGAUGGUCGAAUGGUGGGAAUCGCCGAGGAGGCUGGCGCCAACUUCGUCAAUCGCGACAGAAUGUGGCACUACACCGAAGGCCUGCAGAACUGGAAUCCCAUUUGGCCAGACCACGGGAUCCGUGUUUUGCCGGCACCCUCCUCUCUAUGGCUAGAUGCAACCGGCAAGAGACUUCCUCCAUGGCUCUAUCCUGGAUGUGACACUCUAGCAACGCUCAAGUACACAUGCAGCACAGGAUACGACUACACCUGGUUCGUCCUCGACCAGACGAUCAUCGCACGCGAAUUCGCCCUCUCAGGUUCGGAGCAGAACCCGGAUCUAGUAGCGAAGAGCAUCUGGCAAGUGCUCAAGAACCGCCUUUUCAGCUCCAAGGGCACCGUGCCCGUCCAGAAUUUCCAAAAGCACGGCAAGGACUUCGUCGUGCGCGAUAACCUCGAGGAUUUAGUCGAGGGCAUGAACGAGCUCGCCAAGACCGUCAACGGGCCUCUGCUCGACCCUAAGGCGAUCAGGGAAACCGUCGAGACACGCGACGGGCAGAUGGUCAACGAAUACUGCAAGGACUCCCAGGCGAUGCUGAUCCGGAAUGGUCGCAACUACUGGGCCGACGCACGAAGUCGUGUGGCGCCGCCGCAUCAACUGCUAGAUCCGAAACAUGGUCCACUAAUCGCCGUGAGGAUGAACUUGCUUACGCGGAAGACGCUUGGAGGACUCGAGACGAAUCUUGAGAGUAAUGUGCUAAAGGCCGGUGGCGAGAAGUUCCCGGGCUUGUACGCGGCGGGUGAGGCGGCCGGGUUCGGAGGCGGUGGUGUCCACGGGUAUAACUCCCUUGAGGGAACGUUCCUUGGGGGUUGCAUCUUCUCGGGCAGGGCGGCGGGACGGGCGAUCGCGGAUGAACUACUGGGGUCUUAAAGAUAUUGAGCGAACGUGUGUUAGCGAAGAAAAUUGUAUGUAGGUAAAUAUGUAUCUGUAGGUAUGCAAUCGUCAGCUAAUUUAGCUAACCUGUUUCUUGA